ACGAGCGUUUGACGAGCCCGUGUGGCUGUGGGCGCUUGUGUUUCUCUCGCUCGCCUUUUUAUAACGUAACUGCGGGACUAGUGGCUGGUCUUUAAUCAGAGACUGGAGAGGCGGGCCGAGGUGCUGACUGUAAUGCGAUAGCUGCGCCCGUCCUUAAUGCUAUUACAUCCACAUGCUGCUGCCGCGCAAGACUCAGCGCAAGACGCGCAGUGCCAAAGAGACAGCGCGCGGAGUAUCUCUAUCACAAGACUCUGCACAGAAGACCUAAUCCGAACUGCCCUUUUCUGACAGUUUUCCGCCGUGGCCAGUGUUUCCCAUUCGAGAGCGUUUGGUGGUGGAUUCUGUGGGGACGAGACCGGGAAAACGCUUCAUGUCAGUUGGAUUUGAAGGCGAGAGAAAGCGCCGCUCACCUCACUCACUCACUCACUGCUAUAGCUCGAGGAAAUCAAGCCAAAAUAUGUUUUCGGUCUGAAAGAGAAAGUUGUUUAGUUUUAUUAUGCCGUUUUAUUUCGUUGUCGUUGCUUUUGCUUAGGAUAUAACUGAGAUGUUAAACAGCCAAGUCUGGGUUGAAUUUACGCAUCCAGCAUUUUGAAGCACAUUGAGAAAGCAGGCGGAAGAAAUUGUUAUCAGACUCAAGACACAAGUGGAUACAUCAUCAGUGGAUAAGAACAUUUUCAAAGAACAUCACAAGAACUUCAGCAUUUCAUUUGCACGCACUGGGUGAACAUCACCCACAAAAAAAUGGAUUUAUUCACAAAGCUCUGUGGAUCUUUACUUGUCUUGUGUGCGGCAUUAGUUUAUGGAGAGGAGGAGCCAUGUGGUGGGCAUUUGGAUGCCAGUGACGCAGGAUACAUCACCACACCCGGUUACCCGCUGGAGUACCCGCCCCACCAGAACUGUCGAUGGGUAAUCACGGUGCCCGAACCAUCCCAGCGUAUCGUCCUAAACUUCAACCCGCACUUUGAGCUGGAGAAACUGGACUGCAGGUAUGACUUCAUUGAGAUCCGGGAUGGGAACUCAGAGAACGCUGAUCUGUUGGGGAGACACUGCAGCAACAUCGCACCCCCUGCGAUCAUCUCCUCAGGCCCCGUUUUGCUCAUCAAAUUCGUCUCCGACUAUGCCCACCAGGGGGCAGGGUUUUCGCUGCGCUAUGAAAUCUAUAAGACAGGCUCCGACUGUUCCAGAAACUUCACCAGUCCAUCAGGUGUGAUCGAGUCGCCCGGCUUCCCUGACAAAUACCCCCACAAUCUGGAGUGCACCUUCAUCAUCAUCGUACCUCCUCACAUGGACGUCACCCUCACCUUCCUGACAUUUGACCUGGAGAACGACCCCUUGCAGGGCUCAGAGGGCGAGUGCAAGUACGACUGGCUGGAAGUGUGGGACGGCCUCCCGCAGGUGGGACCUCUGAUUGGGCGGCAUUGCGGUACCAAAAUCCCCUCUGAAAUACAGUCAUCCACUGGUAUCCUCUCUCUGUCCUUUCAUACGGAUAUGGCCGUGGCCAAAGAUGGCUUUUCUGCCUGCUACAACAUGACUCUCAAGGAGGUCAAUGACAAUUUCCACUGCAGUAAUGCUCUUGGCAUGGAGUCAAACAAGAUCAGCGAUGACCAGAUCUCUGCGUCAUCCUCCUUCUAUGAUGGCCGAUGGUCCCCAAGACAGGCUCGGCUUAACUUUGAAGAUAACUCUUGGACGCCCAAUGAGGACAGCAACAAAGAAUACAUCCAGGUGGACCUGCACUUCCUGAAGGUCCUGACGGGCAUUGCCACCCAGGGUGCAGUCUCCAAAGAGACACACAAGUCCUACUUUGUCGCCACUUUUAAGCUGGAGGUCAGCACUAACGGAGAGGACUGGAUGAUCUACCGCUACGGCAAGAACCACAAGGUUUUCCAUGCAAACGUAGACCCCUCAGAGGUGGUCCUGAACCGGAUCCCCCAGCCUGUCUUAGCUCGGUUUGUCCGCAUCCGACCUCAGACAUGGAAGAAUGGAAUCGCAUUGCGCUUCGAACUUUACGGCUGUCAAAUCACGGACGCUCCAUGCUCUGAGAUGCAGGGAAUGCUCUCCGGCCUCCUGCCAGACUCGCAGAUCUCGGCCUCCUCCAUGAGGGACAUCCACGGGGCCACAGGUGCGUCACGGCUGGUGGCCAGUCGCUCAGGGUGGUUCCCCAGUCCCACGCAGCCCGUGGCUGGUGAAGAAUGGCUGCAGGUGGACCUGGGAGUCCCCAAAACUGUACGGGGUAUCAUCACGCAAGGGGCCCGUGGGGUGGACGGCAGUACCAGCGCGGAGAACCGGGCCUUCGUACGGAAGUAUAAACUUUCCCAUAGUUUGAAUGGAAAAGACUGGAGCUACAUCAUCGAUUCCAAGACCAAUCUCCCAAAAAUUUUUGAGGGUAACACGCACUACGACACUCCAGAGAUCCGUCGCUUUGACGAGAUUGUGGCCCAGUUUAUCCGAGUGUAUCCAGAGAGAUGGUCGCCUGCUGGCAUCGGAAUGAGACUGGAGAUACUGGGUUGUGACUUGCCAGAAUCUACCACCAUUCCUGACACUGCCACGCCUACCCUCCCUCCUCACGAGGAGACAAAUACUGCCCACAGGACACCAGCUCCCACCACUCUCUCAUCUCUGGGUGGUCUGUGUGACUUUGAGCAUAGUAUGUGUGGAUGGACCCACGACCCCAUGUCUGUUCUGAAGUGGUCUCUGUAUAGUUCCUCUAAUCCUAGUCUGGACCUGACAUUGGGAUCUGACAAUUUUGGAAAUUUCCUGUAUGUGGAGGCGAGUCCUAAGUCAGAGCCACAGCGUGCACGGUUAAUGAGCCCGUCUGUGGGACCCGAGCGCCGUCCCGUCUGUCUGCUCUUCUACUACCAGCUGCAGGGUGAAGGUCAGGACAGCCUCCGUGUGCUGCUCCGGGAUGAUGACCAGGAGGAGACGUUGCUCUGGGCGCUGAAAGGAGACCAGGGGCCCAUGUGGAGGGAAGGCCGCACCAUCCUGCCUCAGUCCCCUAAAGAAUAUCAGGUUGUCAUCGAGGGCUUCUUCGAGCGUGGCAGUCGAGGGCACAUCUGGGUCGAUAAUAUCCAUAUGAGCUCCAGCAUCGAGCUUGAGCAGUGUACACAACCCUUCGCUGCAUUCCCCCCUGAAAUGACUGAGCGAAGACCCGAAGACCUUGGAAAUAAUCGUUUAUUCAAUGGCAGAGAGCACAUUGGUCAAGGUUUCCCAUUCCCUGCCUGGACCACACCCAACCCCUCACGAGAACCUCCAGUGACACGGAUCUCAGAGAAAGACAAUGCCUGGCUGUACACCUUUGAUCCCAUCCUGGUCACCAUCAUCGUCAUGAGUUCCCUGGGCGUUCUGUUGGGAGCGGUUUGCGCCGGGCUCAUACUCUACUGCACAUGCUCCUACAACAGCCUGUCAUCCCGCAGCACCACCACGCUGGAGAACUACAACUUCGAGCUGUACGACGACAUCAAGCACAAGGUGAAGAUCAACCAGCAGCGCUGCUGCUCCGAGGCCUGAUGGCAGCCGAUCAGGAGAGGCGCUCUGUCCGCUUGUGAACUGGUGCCGGCCUGAUCCAAAACUGUGAAUGGACCUCACGCUGCUAAUAUAGGGCUGAUCUCUGACCGGGAUUGUUGAAGGAUCACUGGGAGCAUAGAGGCUUCCUGUGGACAGCUCAAUGGGAGUGAAUAGUGAUCAACACAUAUCAACCUAAUGACUUUCUCUCCUUCAAAAAAGAAAAGAACUUUAAACAAAUGUAUAUUGCUCUAGAUUUGUAAAGAAAAAUGCAAUCUAAUAAUGCUUGAUGGAAGUUAGAAGAGAGAGAGAGGCACUAGGACUAGAAGACAGAUUGCUUGUGAAAUUUCGGCCUCCAUUGUGUGAAAGCUGUGGCCUAGAAUAUUGUGGACAUUUGCUUUAGUUUAGACUCGUGUCUUUUUGCUGACCCGCUUAAGUUCCCAUUCCCAUCUUUGCCACUUUUCACAACCGUUUUGAAGUGUCAACGCCUCUUAUGAAGGUUUUAUACUUCAGUUCAGUCUGUUUGUAGCAUAAUGUUUUUGUUGUGGCUAUUAGACAGCAGGAAAGAAAACAUGCUGUAUUACAUUCAGAAAAAUCCUUUUAGAUUGAAGUAUUAGGAUUGUCUUUUGUGUCUCUUUUUUCUCUUUUCCUUUUUUUGUUGUUUUUGACUGUUUGAUUUCUAAGCAUAGCGUUGAAGAUUCUGUGUGGACAAUUUAAACUAAUUUAUCGCAACCUAUGGAUUGCUAAGGAUUCAGAGCCACUGAGCUAAAGAGUGUUGAGAGAGUGGAAAGAGAAGAGAGAGCAUCUUCAGUUCUCUCCUCCUCUCUUUACUCUAUUCUUGAAGUAACAAAGACUCAAGCUGGCAGAGCGACUUUGGUGAAGGAGCUGAAAAAUCCCCAAGCCACUUUCAUGUACAAACAAUCAAGCCUUAAGCAAACUGUUUUGGAGGAGAGCCAUUUUGAAACACCAGUCCUUGGCUUUGAAGCCACUGGGUCCUCAGAGGAGUCAGGCCUUACACUUGCUUUCUUUCAUUUCACCUGUCUGUUUACUCCAUAGUUUAUUUUGGGCUGCUGAAAGUGAAGGCUAACAAGACCAGGUUUGGUGCAAGCCUGAGAGAAGGGUGAGAAUUUCACAGAACGUUUCACCUCAAGGUGAAGAGAGCGAUAGAACGAGUACACACAUGGGGGAAGUGUGUGUAAAUUUCUUUAUUGUACCUCAGACUGGCCUCUCGCUCCCCAGAGCCACACUGGGAGUUCUGUUGACUUGUGGGUAAGCGAGGGGGGUUGAGGGGCUCGUCUUCUUAAGGAGUGUGGAAAGCAGCCGGAGACAUGGAUUGUUCAGUUGUUGGGGGAGAGAAGGGAGAGAUUGUGUGUAUUCAGCUCAGUUUUCAUUGGACUCUGUUAACUCUUUUCCAAGUGCCUUGGAGCUCUGGCCUGUUUUGGCUUUGCUGCAGAGCUGUGAUAGUAUUACCUCGUCUGUCUGGGACAGGAGGCCAACACCAAAAGACAUGGAGAUCCCGGCACUGGUCAGAACAUUCAAAAAUUGUUGUUUGUAGACUUU